CGGGCGGCAUCGCCGGGCAGAGCCGGGCCAGGCCGCGGGGCGCCGCCGAGUCCCCGGCGUGCGAUGCCCCGGGGCGGCGGGGCCGCGUCGCCCCGCUCGGCAGGUGCCGAGGUGAUCCGGCGGGUGUCGCCCCGGGGCGCGGGCGGCCCCCGCUUGGCCUCGCCUUGUCCGCCCGCGGGGCGGCGGCCGCCGGGCGCCCUGCGCCGACCCGCGGCUGCGGCGGUGGGGGCGGCGGAGGAUCGGGGCUGCCGCUGCCGCAGCUCCGCGCUGAUCCGCGGCAGCCGCGCUCCGGUGGCGCCGGGGAUUUGCGAGGGCGGGCGGGCGGCGCGGGGACAGCGGCACUGCUGGCGUCUUUGUGGCGGGGCAGCCGGGGCUCGGCGCCCGCAGGUGUCACCCGGGGGCCGGCCGAGCCCGGGGCAGAGGCAGCGCCGGCGGGGCCGCGGUGCUGCCGGGGUGGCCUGGGGGCAUCGCGGGGCUCUUCGGGCCCGGCCUGCGGGGGCACGGCGCGGGCAGCCGGUGCCCGGCGGCUGAACCUCGCUGGCCUUCGCUCCGGCCUCGCUGCUGCAGGUGAUGGGUGCAGUAAAGCUUUCUGACGGACAUUUUUCACUGUGAACAAGGUUAUUUCAUUGGCUGUGAGGAACCACGGACCCUUUGUGCCCCGAUGGGGGACUCGGGAUCCAGACGAUCGACUCUUGUAUCUCGGUUGCCAAUAUUCAGGAGAAGUGUUAACCGGAGACACGACUCCCUCCCUUCCUCACCUUCUUCUGCCAAUGCCAUUGGUAUCCACACCUCCUCCCCAUCCAGCACGAACUCCAGCUCAGGGAGCACAGGAAAGCGCCGGAGCAUUUUCCGCACUCCUUCCAUUAGCUUCCAUAACAAGAAAGGGAGUGAGCAGAAGCCUGACUCAGCGAGUCAAAAUGUUAACAUCUCAAAUGGUGCCCAGUCCUCUCUUAGCACUUUUCAAAAACUCAGCUUAGACGAGCAUAUAAAAAGCAGGGGAAGGCAUUCAGUUGGCUUUGGCAGCUCACGGAACAAGAAGAUAACAAGGUCUUUGACAGACGAUUUUGAAAAGGGAAAGGAGCCCUCAGCUAAUAAGAAUGUCUUUAUCAAUUGCAUAAGCUCUGGGAAGAAUGAGGGUGAUGAUUCAGGCUUUGCAGAAGAGCAAAGCCGAUAUUCUGUCAAACAGUCCACACGAAAACUUCUCACUAAGUCUUUUUCAUCACACUACAAAUUUUCCAAACCAGUUCCAGAGAGUCAGUCAGCUUCCUCUGCGCAGCAGCCCAGGUGCUUGCUGGAAGUUAAAUCCUACGUGGAAAGCGAACCUGUGAUGGCCAAGUCGUCUCCUCCGUGCUCGGCUGAGACGACGGAGUGCGUGGGCAGCUCCCUGCAGUCCCCGCUGCUCUCGGCUGACCUCACGGCUGCCCAGACCCCCUCGGACUUCGUCGCUCUGACCGAGGACUCUGUUUCGGAGGCUGAUGCCUUGCCCAGCAAUGGGCCUGGGGCACUGCUUGCAGAGGAUUUCGGCCAUAAUGUCUCUACCUCUCAGAUCUUUUUUAAUCCUGCUACUGCUCCUGGAAGGGAGACAGAUGCUGUGCUAAGUACUGGCCAUUCUGCUGGUGUAUCUCCUGGGAGUCAUGCAAGCUCAUGCAGUGUGGAAUCCAGUACCUUAUUCAAAACCUCAGUUGCUAAUCAAACAAAAGUACUGUUGCAAACCAAUGGACUACAUAUUAAUGAUGCCAGGCACAUAGAAAAAAUUAACUCAGAAAAUGCACGUUUAGAAACCUUGACAUUACAGUGUAGUGAAGAACCAGUGACUCUCUCUCCAAAGGCACGGGGGUUGAGUGGGAGCAGAGAUGAAAGCACUCCAUCCAAGCACAUGAGAGACCCAACUCCUGUAGUGGAGUCUAGGACUAUUCCAUGUCCUGAACCUCAGUCCUUUAAAACACAACAGAGUUAUGAAUCAAACUAUCCUAAAGUUGAUCUUGUCAGUAGCCUCAGUCCAUACCGGGAAGGCAGAUUUGUUGAGAAACGACUGAGGUCCUCUUCAGAAGGCACUGCUGGGGGCAGCCGGCUGAUCAUAAAACCAAAGGAUGGAAAUGCAGAAGAGCUCAACAGCCUAAGGAAGCAGAGAGCAAGCUCGUCCUCUUCCAAGAUGAACAGCAUGGAUGUUUUGAAUAACCUGGGUUCCUGUGAGUUGGAUGAAGAUGACCUAAUGCUUGACUUGGAGUUCCUGGAAGACCAACAUCAUCAUCGUUCUGUGUGCCGGGAAGACUCAUACCAGUCAAUAGUGUCAUGUGCUGCUGUAGUACUUACCCCUGUAGAGACGGCAGUGGAUACGAGGAAAAAAGAACAGAUGAUAAUACCUGAGGUGUCCAAACAGAAUCUGUCCCUGAAGCUGUCGAAGGAGGUGGAGCAAGGAGAAGCCAGGUACCCUCGUGUCAGCCAGCUGGCUGGCAGCCCAUCUGUGGAGUUGCCUUUCACUGGUCUGGAAGAAGGUGGAGGCAUUGAGUCUCUGCCCUUCAGAUUGAUGCUCCAAGACUGCACGGCUGUAAAGACAUUGCUUCUGAAAAUGAAGAGAGUUCUUCAAGAGAGUACUGACAUGAGUCCAGCUAGUAGUACAACCUCCCUCCCUGUUAGCCCCCUUCCUGAGGAGCCAUUAUUUUUCAAGGAUGGAAUAAAAGAUGAAUGCACAGUGCUGAAGCUGCAGCUGAAGGAGAGAGACGAACUCAUAGCCCAGCUUCGUGAGGAGCUGGAAAAGGCUCAGUGCUUUCAGAAGGCUCUUGCUUCCCAAGCAGAUAAAUCCACGCAGACAGAACUCGUAGGCCAUGAUACUACAUAUCCAGUCAGAAUGGUGAGCCAAAAUCUCAGCACAAGGGACAGAAAGUCAGCGCAUACUCCCACCGAGGACCCUUUUAGACACUCACCAGGCAACCAAGCAGCAGCGUACGAGAGCAAGAGCUGUCAGCUGUCUAAUUUGUGCCUGAGCAGCCUCCUGAAGGAGAAGGAGAUUGUGGAAGCCAUCAAGCACACCCAAGGCACAUACGAAAACCUGGCUCCAGAGGUCACCCAGAAUGGUUUGGCUGUCACGGCCCCCAGCACAGCAAAGCCAGCAUCCAAGGCUGACGGUUUCCCCGUGUUCCCAGGAGCUCCAAAAGACCAAACAGCUGUGCCUCGGCAGCACACCACCUUCACAGGGAGGCUGGGACAGCCCCCGAGGGGACCCAUCUCUCUACACAUGUACAGCAGGAAAAACGUUUUCCUCCACCACAAUUUACACACGGCAGAGCUACAGACUUUAGGUCAACAGGAUGGCUAACGAGGUGCUUAUUUUCUUGCCGUGGAAGGAGAGUUCAUUAAAGAGAGAUGUAAGCUCACCUAGAGCUCUGUAUUAAGUUCUCAUCUGCUGCUACUUUCAUAUGAAAAAAAAAGAAAAUAACAUUGUCUGUAGGUUCCGUAUUUUCCCACCUUGGACUGAGGCAAAAGGAUGAACGAGACUGUUAAAUAACUAGGCUGAUUUGUCAUGCAGAAGUCACCAUGGGUUUAAUAAAUGGGACCAUUUGGCUGGCACUGCUAGUCCAAUAUUGGAUAAAUUUUAUUUUUCCCCUUUAUAAAUCCCUAUCAGUCCCUGAAGUUCUAGAAGAUGAUCUUAAGUAAAAUGUGUAUGUUUACUAAUAUUACUGUUAAAGUAGAUGUGAAGAAUGAAUAGAUAAGUAAUUAGUAAACCCUCUUGAAUUUCAUAGAGAUUAGAGAAAUAAGGAGUCAGAAAUCUUUAAGGACCUUAUUUUUACACACUUUUUUUUUUUAAUACAGUGAAAUUUGGUCACUUACAGAGUGUUAAUACUUCCUGCUGUAUGUGUUUCAUGAGUGCCUCAUGCCACAAGUAGAGGAAAUGAUUGAUUUUCCUCUAACAGAUUCAUAGAGAGUCACCAAGUAUUUGAGUCAGUAAAUUGGGUCCCAAAUUGAGGAUGUCAGCUUGUUUCCUCAACCUUCCCUUCUCUCUCCACACUUCCAAUUAACUGCAUUUCUUUGAGUAUUUCUGUUCUAUGCGGGCAUGUCAAGUUGUGGUGAUCUUUGUGCUUUACAGGCACCGUAGCACUCCUGAUGCGAUGUGACAUUCUGCUGUGUAAUUCAUCCUAUAAUUUCAUUUCACUUCCCAAACCAAAAAUGUGUGAAGGACUAAAGUAAGAGAAAUCAUCUUAUUACCCAGGCCGAACAACCUGCAUCAGUCCUAAUUUCUGUGAGCUGCGUCAUCUGCACUUAAGGACCUGUUGGUUUACACCAGCUCAGGGGGUUUGUUAGUCUUGACGUGUUACAGACAAGUGAGAUUAAUUUAUUGCCUGGUCUCACAGGAGUAGGAAAUCAUCUGACCAUGCCACAGAACUCAGAGACCUGUCGGUAGCAAAAGAUCUGGUUUUCCCUCUGAGAGUCUUGGAAACCUCUCAGUCCAGUUACUCCAAACAUGUGGCAUAUGUGAAGCAUGACACUUAGUUUACAACCUCUGUGAUGCAGGGUAGUCUGUUUGAGUUGUAAUGGCACAUGCAGUCAGUAGUUUAAAAAUAAUUUGGCACAUUUAAGUACAAUUCAGGCAGAUCUGAGACAAGUCACCUCUCUCUUUAACUGAUGAUUAAUAGAGAAAGACAAGGGUACAGCACAUUGUCACACACAGAAACAAGCCAUUGUGACUUAACAGAUAGCAUAUAAUGAAAAAUAAACCUUCAGUAGCCACUAAAAAUCUGCAACUUUAAAAAGUUAAGUCAUAUAGAGUAUAUGAAAUGAAGACAAAAUUUUACCUAGUGUGAAAUAUAUCUGCUUCACUACUUAAUACUUGGAUUAAUACAGGGAAAUUGUAUUAACAAUCUUGCUUAGACUAAGAAAAAAAAUAGAUUAUGAUCUUGGCAGAUAUUCUGUAAAGUAAUUUCAGCAGCUUGAAAUUUCAGGCUUCUGUCUAUUGAUGAUUUUAUUUUGAUUAGAGCAGAUUUUAUUACAUUAUCUGAUGUUGAAGAGAGCAGGUUUUGUCUGAAUAUUCUGUAGUGACAGUUUUGGGUAUCCAGAGAUGGAUACAUAAGAACGAAGACAAACAUUUGCCAAAAUCCUUCAUGUUCAUGUGUGCAUUGCUACUGCCAAAACAGAAUGUGCAAGAAUUGCAAACACAAAUUAAUGGUGAAUAUUCAAGGCUCCCAGUCCUGCAUUGAAAUUCAUAAUUUAAAGUCUAACAAACAAGUUAAAAGUAGUAAUAAGAUAAUUUCACUACUGAAAAUCACUUUUUCUUCUUAGCAAUAUCUUAAAAGUCAUGGUAGAUUGAAAGGACAAUUAAUGUAUGCAACUCAAUUUCAAAUCUGUAAAUAUAUUAAACAUUCAUUGUACUAUGUUAAAAAAACAAAACAAAACAAAAAAACCACAAAAACAAAAACAAACAAAAAAACAACAACAACAAAAAUCACAAUACCUUCUUCAGUUUUAGGUUAUGUACUGUAUCUAUAGGGUUUUUUUCCUGGGUAAAUGGACUUUUGGAUUACACUUUAUUUAAAAAAAACCAUCUAUGAACUUCAAAAAUAGAAUUUUGAAUGCUACUAUUUUCUUGGAGAAUCUUUUAUAAAGCUGAAACUUAAAAAAAAUGGAAAAAAAAACCA